GCUGUAUAUAUAAGAUGGGAUGCUUGCCCGAUCCCAGGCAUCCAUGCAGGCAUCAAAGCUGUCGGUCAAAUCAGCCAUGGGCCUCAGUUCAUCAAUUGUGAAAGCCAGCGCUCUGACUCCCCUUUGCCUUACCCAGAUGGCACUAUGGAUUUCAUCAUCAUGAGCCAGGUCCCUUGGGAAAAGGUUGGGACUAUUUUUCGAGAUCUCUCCUUAGUCCAGCUCCAGAGCGUUCGAACACAGCUCACGUAUAUCCUUGACACAUGUGACAGAAUGGAUUCACGUUACCAGAACAACACCCAGACUUCCUUCGAUAUGACAUAGCAAACGAUAAGCUGUAUCUUAUCGAGUUCGCCUUCAUGAACUUCAUCGAUCCAAUAAGAUAUCCACAACCUAUCACAGAAGAUAACCCGUAUGUUCUCUCAUUCAACAUCUGGAGAGAGAGGAUGGUAUCCAGCAAA